AUGUGUGGAACAGCAUCACUGUGGGCGAAGCUAGCCCUGCUGUUUAUAAUUUUGUCAACUAUACUGUUCAUAGCUGGGUUUGCUACGACAUCCUGGAUGAUCUAUGCUUUCUCGUCCGGGGCCAAAAUCCGGGUGGGUCUUUGGAAGGCUCAGGCGUGUACCUCGGCGGGAACCUGUGCGGACAGAACGGUGCCAGACUCGUACAGGACAGAUGGUUACCGUGGCACCCAAGCUAUGGAGGUAAUAGCCCUCCUCAUUCUACUCAUAGCACCAAUAGCUGUCCUCCUGUACGUCGUGGGCGAGAACCUCAGAACAUGGACGUUCGCCUUCGUCUGUAUGAUGAUGUGUUUCUUGGCAGGUCUUUUCGUGACCAUAGGGAUGAUUCUGUGGCUGGUGUAUGUGAAUAGCCCCUUCUACGUGGGGUACUCCAUGGGCCUGACAGUGAUGGGAGGAAUCUUAGCGAUCAUAGCUGGCCUCCUUCUCAUCCCCGAGCUGGAGGAUGACACCAACAACUAUGACACCAGUGACACGCCCCCUCCAACCAGACGUUCUGUCACGCCUCCUUCACGUUUGCCGUCCAGAAACCUCAGAUCGGAGCCGUUAAGGCCUAUUGCUGUGUCGCCAUAUCCUAUAGCGUUCAGGGCUACCCCGAGAGCUAUCUUGGCACCCUAUUACUAA